AUGACGUCUCCUUCGCGAUCACAGCCUGGAAACACCUGGUCGCCCCCUGGUGACAAAUGUGUGAAAUAUGAGUGUGUGAAGAUCGAGGAUCAGUUUGUACCAGUAGAGGCCAAGAUCACCUGCCCUCUCUUCAACCGCAAGGACUGCAUUCCUGGCACAGAGACAAUUGCCCCAGAUGGCUGUUGCCAUGUCUGUCCUUUAAUACCAAGGAACUGCAACAUUAAGACGAACACCACCUACAUCACCAACAACGGCUGCCAAUCCAGCAAACCUGUGGACAUCACGUCGUGUGGGGGCUCCUGUGGAACCUACUCCAUGUACUCUGUGGAGGCCAACGCCAUGGACCACACCUGCUCCUGCUGCCAGGAGAUGGACACCACUCAGAAGCAGGUGCAGAUGGUUUGCCCCGACGGCACCACGUUCAGCCACUCCUACACCUACGUUGAGAAGUGCGGCUGCAAGGAGAUCGAGUGUGAGGACAGGGACACCCAGCAGUCUACCAGCAAGGGUCAGGAGCCCUCCAAGUCCUCAAAGGGGCGGAAAGUGUACAGAAGGCGACGGUGAACUCGAGGAGAAUGAAGACUGCACUACCCUGAUUUUAACCCCGAAUCCUGUGCUUUUGUUUCUUCUACAUUUAAAAUAUAUGAUACACAUCCAACUACCAAAGACUGUCAGCUGAAAUGAAUAUAUUUAAUUAAAGAGGGGCUAGGUGACUGCUGCAGAAUUAUUUCCUCCCUUAAUUUUCAGUGAUUGCUUGCUGUAUUUAUUCUACACGUUCGCUGAGACGUGUGGCUGCAAGGAAACAUAAUGUGCGGACAAGAACACCCCCAGAUCUAUGAAAUCUGUUGCUAAGGGUCAGAAGAAGACUGGCAGCCAAGAGCACACAAACAGGUCUUCAAGGGGAAUGAUAGCCCACAGCAAACAGCAGUGAGCAGGAAGUAAACUGACUGCUGCACUCUGCUGAUCUAAAUGAUUUUUAUUUUUGUUUCAAUCCAUUUAAAUUACCUGUUAAACUACAACGCACCCCGUUACGAUUAAAGCAAUCUAUUUUUUAAUGAGUUUAAACUCAGUCAGGCAUCUUUUUCCAAUUAUUGCUUACAUUGUUAACUCUUUAGAGAAAAAGGAAACAUACUGUUGUUUUUCUUCUAUGUGAAGAGUUUUGUAAUUAUACAGUUACAUCUAAAAAGGUAAAGCUACGCAGGAAAAAGUCCAAAAGCGCUAUAGGUUUUGCAUUAUUUUAUUACAACUAAAUAGAAAAAAUAUAUGCAAAUUUAAGCUCUGGAUUGUUUUGACUUGCCAUAUAAAAUAUAAAUAGCUGUAAAGUGUUCCUGUUUAUUUAUCAGCAUAUCACCCAAUUAUAUAUCAAACAAUUUAUCUGAAUCCAUACCCAUGGGCUGACUGUUCAACACACAUGAAAAACUGCAUCUUGCUUUCCUUUCCUAUGCAAAAUGCUGAAUCUGAUCAAUAAAAAAUUCCCACUUUGCAUGA